CUCCAACUGCUGAUAGAGAUAGUAUGGCCCCUGUUGAUCUUCUUCAUUUUGAUAUCAGUGAGACUGAACUACCCUCCGUACGAACAACAUGAGUGUAAGUAGGAUGCACCUCCCUGUCCUUUUCAUUGUUUACGCACACACUUCUUCACAAGACACUCAACUAGUUGGUUAACCCAACCUGUUGUUGUGGCCACAGAGACAUUUGGAUUUGAAAUCUGUGGAUGAACUCAGUUGCCUUUUAUAUAUUGUACGCUGUACAUGCCAAAGUUGCUACAGUAUACAAGCUAGCAAUACCAUGCAAUGGUAUGCUACAAUGCCAUGUGCAGGCAUUUAUGUGAAAAUGCUACAUGCUGGCCACUCGAGUAAACACACUCAGGCAAAAAUAAUUAUACAUAAUUUUUCACAUUCCAACAGUAGCCUAAUCGUGUUGAUUUUUAUGGUAAGUCCUUAUCAGGUGAGGAUGUUUUAUGAGUUGUUGUUAUAUGGGGAAUAUCCUGUCCUGCUAAUGAAUGCUCUGCAUGGAUAUACCCCUGUUAAUGGGUUUUUAUCUAAAGCCUGAUAUGGUUUCUGCCUACUGGGCAUACAACCAGGGGCGGAUUGGCCUUCUGGCAAAUGCCAUAUGGGCUGAACCAUUUUUUUGUUAGGUGGGCUGCUCAAAAUUGACAAACACAAAAAGAAAACGUGACAUGGCUGGCGGCACAUGGGCCUGCUAAGAAUUUUUUUUAAAGAUUUUUGCGCAAUUUCUCUGUUAUACUAAUCUAUAAUGAGCUUUUGGCUGAUCAGUGGGCAACGGCCGGACCCCUACCAAGAUGGACUGGCGCGGUUUUCUGAACUUACAUUCAAAGUCAAACGCGGCAUCAGCAAAGAGACCUGCUCCGACUCCGUCAUCAGUUAGACAGCCAAGAUCAAUGAUCGUAAAAAACGGAAAGGGUGCCUAUAGAUGUAGAAAGAGCACAUUCUACAUUCUCAUCUCACUCAAAACUUCCUAUUUUUGGGGCAGCUAAAACCAUAAUUGGGUCAAACAGUAAAGUGCAUUAUCUUCAUGAUUCCUGUAAUGAAAGUGUCUGCCCUGCCCCUGUGCAUGUUUCGCUGGGGAAUGCUGCUGUGAUGAGCGAACCACUCUCCUCUCCCCCCAUGCGCUUGAGAGAAACAUGCAUUCUGAUUGUAUAACGUUUAAAAAUGUAAUUGCGGGAAACUCACACCUUUAAAGCUUCAUCCCCUUGUCCCUGUCAAAGAGAGGAGGGUCUCAGCUUUCUGUAGGUAUACUAAUUAUUUCUCAAAUCUCAAUAUUCAGCUUAAUAGCAACUAUUUUACAACCAAGAUAUUUGAUAUGGCUUUGAGAUAUAGAGUGGCAUGCGCUCUAAAUGCUCACUGGCCAUUGCAAGGGCAUAGGUCUCAUGGGUAGUAACCUAAAACUGAAAAGUUUGUUUUAGGACAUUACAUUUACUGUUGGAUGAAUACAUGGCUACUAGCAAAGUAUUCAGACCCCUUGACUUUUUCCAUAUUUUGUUACAUUACAGCCUUAUUCUAAAAUUGAUUAAAUCGUUUUUUUCCCCUCAUCAAUCUACACACAAUUCCCCAUAAUGACCAAUUAAAAACAGGUUUUUAGAAAUUUGUGCCAAAAAAACAAAACAAACAGGAUAUAUCACAUUUACAUAAGUAUUCAGACCCUUUACUCAGUACUUUGUUGAAGCGCCUUCGGCAGCGAUUACAGCCUCAAGUCUUCUUGGGUAUGACGCUACAAGCUUGGCACACCUGUAUUUGGGGAGUUUCUCCCAUUCUUCUCUGCAGAUCCUCUCAAGCUCUGUCAGGUUGGAUGGGGAGCGUCGCUGCAUUGCUAUUUUCAGGUCUCUCCAGAGAUGUUAGAUCGGGUUCAAGUCCGGACUCUGGCUGGGCCACUCAAGGACAUUCAGAGACUUGUCCCGAAGCCACUCCUGCGUUGUCUUGGCUGUGUGCUUAGGGUCGUUGUUCUUUUGGAAGGUGUACUUUCACCCCAGUCUGAGGUCCUGAGCACUCUGGAGCAGGUUUUCAUCAAGGAUCUCUCUGUACUUUGUUCUGUUCAUCUUUCCCUCGAUCCUGACUAGUCUCCCAGUACCUGCCACUGAAAAACAUCCCCACAGCAUGAUGCUGCCACCACCAUGCUUCACCGUAGGGAUGAUGCCAGGUUUCCUCCAGACGUGACGCUUGCCAUUCAGGCCAAAAAGUUCAAUCUUGGUUUCAUCAGACCAGAGAAUCUUGUUUCUCAUGGUCUGAGAGUCUUUAGGUGCGUUUUGGCAAACUCCAAGUGUGCUGUCAUGUGCCUUAUACUGAGGAGUGGCUUCCAUCUGGCCACUCUACCAUAAAGGCCUGAUUGGUGGAGUGCUGCAGGGAUGGUUGUCCUUCUGGAAGGUUCUCCCAUCUCCACAGAGGAACUCUGGAGCUCUGUCAGAGUGACCAUCGAGUUCUUGGUCACCUCCCUGACCAAGGCCCUUCUCCCCCGAUUGCUCAGUUUGGCCGGGCGGCCAGCUCUAGGAAGAGUCUUGGUGGUUCCAAACUUCUUCCAUUUAAAAAUAAUGGAGGCCACUUUGUUCUUAGGGACCUUCAAUGCUGCAGAAAUUUUUUGGUACCCUUCCCCAGAUCUGAGCCUCGACACAAUCCUGUCUCGGGGCUCUACGGACAAUUCCUUCGACCUCAUGGCUUGGUUUUUGCUCUGACAUGCACUGUCAACUGUGGGACCUUAUAUAGACAGGCGUGUGCCUUUCCAAAUCAUGUCCAAUCAAUUGAAUUUACCACAGGUGGACUCCAAUCAAGUUGUAGAAACAUCUCAUGGAUGAUCAGUGGGAACAGGAUGCACCUGAACUCAAUUUUGAGUCUCAAAGCAAAAGAUCUGAAUACUUAUGUAAAUAUUUUUAUUUUUAUUUUUUUAUUUGCUAAAAUGUUUAAACCUGUAGAUUGAUGAGGAAAAAAAGGAAUAAUCAAUUUUAUAAUAAGGCUGUAACAUAACAAAAUGUGGAAAAAGUCAAGGGUUCUGAAUACUUUCCGAAUGCACUGUAUAUUUAGAGUUAGUGAUCUAGUUAAUGGGUUUGAGUUUCCACUUCCUCAGGUGUUGAACCCCAAAUGAAUUAGCCUAUGUUUUUAGUUAGUGUACGUAAAGAUGUAUGUAAUUCAUCUCUAUUGAAAAAAACAAUCAGGAGAUUCUGGAGUCCUAUUUUGACAGUUAAAUAUAGCAACUAUAGUCUAAUUGUCAACCCAAAAUGAAUGUCAAUCACUGGAUUAGCUUGCACAUCCAAAAUAUAUUGAGUCAUGCAUUCCUGCUUGGAUGUGUUAGAUGAAACAACUUAUUUCUUGAAUACCUCAGUAGUCUACUAUUUAAUAAAGCACUAUGAGUUACUUUAUAAGAUGAUUACUCGUGAUGUGGGUCCGACCAAAUCAUGGACUAGUGCCACCAACUGUAAAAGUUAGAGGCACCAUUGACACCAGGGGAAAAUGUUAGUCAGGAACCCUGUAGUAAUUCAUACUUAGGGUAGGUGUUGAUUCAGGGGAACACAUAUGACAGGCACUAAUUUGCAAUAUAGCCUAAAGGCUGGUUUACAGUCCGUCUAGCAACAUUUCUGUAGACAAUUGUUGUAGCGACAUCAUGAACAUUCUAUUGUCGUCCAACAUCAAACGUGUAGUUGUUGUUAUGAAAAAGUACACAAAACAUCAGUAUCUGCAUGACAUCAGCAGCCCGUGAGUGCACAAAACAUUAUGAACACCUGCUCUUUCCAUGACAUAGACUGACCAGGUGAAAGCUAUGAUCUCUAAUACUUGUUAAAUCCACUUCAAUCAGUGUAGAUGAAGGGGAGGGCAAGACAUAAUAUUUAAGUGCCUUUGAACGGGGUAUGAUAGUAGAUGCCAAGCGCAACGGUUUGUGUCAAGAAUGGUCCACCACCCAAAGGACAUCCAGCCAACUUGACAGAACUGUGGAAAGCAUUGGAGUCAACAUGGGUCAGCAUCCGACACCUUGUAGAGUCCAUGCCCCGAUGAAUUGAGGCUGUUCUGUGUGCAAGGGGGGGGGGGGGAAUAAUUUUCUAUUUGAUUUGACAGUUCAUUUGUGAGGUGGCUCAUGAUGGCAGUGGACAUAUUAGUGGUUUUAGGGGGGGUUUAGAGUUUGACACCUUUAUUGCUGCUCUAUUUUCAUUAUCAAGGUUUUAUAUGUGAAUGCUGAUGAAGGUCGCAAGGCUUAGGUAGACUAUUUGGCACGGGUAUGGGAAAAAAGUACGUAAUGGCCAUGCACUGGCUGAACCAAGCAUCUUUUCACCAGAAUGAGAUAACCAGUAGAAGUUCUGAUAUGCUAGAGAAACCUUGGGUAAUUAAAUCUCUGGGGGCAUUUCACAGAAUAGGAUCAAUAAAUUGGCCAGCUACCUUCCCUAUACUGAAGAAGCUUGUGUUUAUUACUAUGGGACUCGAUACUCAGCAUUCUAUAUGAGACACAAAAUAAAGAGUUACAGCUAUGUGUUUAACAAAGUCAAACAUAUUGACAUAUUGAUCCUACUUUGUGUAGUCUACAAACCUGCUUUAGGAUAUAGUUGUGUAAGACAAAGCAUUUAUACAGCUACUAAUAACUAUUAUUAAUGGGAUGAACACAUCUCCUGAGAAAUCUUUGUCUACAACAGAAUAUCCACUUUCUUUCAUUCCCGGAAGCCUGCGCUUUGUCCAUCUGCCAGAAAACAGAAGCAUUAGCUGGUAAAUUGCUUUCAAUUCCACCUAAAGUCCUGGUUAGGCAGAGGCAUUCUUUUCUUUGAGUCAUACAUCACGUGGGUCAGUGUAUGUUCUAACUGCUCAAACACCAAAUAGGAAAGACAUGUUCUUUCUUGCACAGGGCCUGGCUAACCUAUUGCUUUUGGGGAUGGAUGUUAACCACACACAAAAAAGGAUUUAAAAAAACAUGGCAGAGCGAUAAGUCUCCAGAUUUAUGAAUGUGGUGAUAAUUUGAAAACUGCCCAGCUAAAUGGCAUUUAGGAUUCACAUUUAUCACCCACUAGUUAAUUAAGUCAUACAUCUGUGUAGGCUGUUGAUGACGAUCACACUGAAAAGCAAGAUGGCCGCCCUGAACCUGCUAAGCACUUGGCUACGUGGGGUUAUCUCUUAUCUCUGCUUUCCUUAGCAAUGGGCCAGUUGGCAGUCUUAAGGUUUACUGAUAACACACCUACCUUUUUUGACCCAUCACACAAAUAACUGCUUGCCUCUCGGGGAGGGAGAGACGGCAUCUUGGGGGGCAAAGGUCGUACAUUGUACUUAGGCAAUCACUCCCUCACGUCAAUAAGGUCUGUAGCUGCCGAGUGAAGCCCUUAGGAUGGGACAAGACGUGGUUAGCUGAUGCUAGCUCAUCCGCUGCCGGCCCGAUAAGGCAAUCUGAGAACACAACUAUCUGUGCUCAUCCAGGUGUAUCUGCAUUUUGCCUAGACAAAAAUAGCAUUUUGGAACUCUGUACAUGAUGUUCAAAGACUAAGUAGAUCCAGCGGGUUGAUAUAGAGGCCUUUUAAGCGUCUCAGUAUCAGUUCAAACGUGACUGGAAUUACCCUAUGUUCUCUCCAGUCCACUCUCUGUUGAUAGUGAGGGUGAAAAGACUGAAAUAUAAACAUGGAAUUGACUACUUUGAAAGUCUUAUUUUACAUUCAUAGAUGUGGUUGAAUGUGCUUUAAACAUUGUUACAUUUCAAAAUAUACCAAGUUGACUCUCUCUUCCUGGUUCUCUUCCUCUGCGCUCCCGCUUCCUCUCUCUGUGUGUCUUAUGACUGUACUGUACAGUGACCAGUGGUGUAGUAGAGUUGAUUUUUUUGCCCAACAGUUUACCAACCUUUUGCAUUGGAAAAAAAUAGGAAGCAUUACUUUUUUCAACACUAUAUAACUGACAGUGACAUUACUGAUAGUAUCCCUCCCUGUGUCUCCGUCAGGUCAUUUCCCCAACAAGGCCAUGCCCUCGGCAGGUACCCUGCCCUGGAUCCAAGGCAUCAUCUGCAACGCCAACAACCCCUGCUUCCGCAACCCCACUCCUGGAGAGUCCCCUGGGGUCGUGGGUAACUUCAAUGAGUCCAUGUGAGUCCCACCCCAAGCUGCAGCUCUAUAUCAGAUAGUCUCCCUUUAAUAAGAUAUGAAAACAUGAAUACACUUUAUUUUGUACUUGGUUCGUUUCAUUAGAUUAAUAACAUCCAAAUAAAGAAAAUGGUCUCUUAAAUGUUUCUUGUAAAUAUAAUAUUUAUAACUUGAAUUGAACUGAUUCAAUUGUAUUCUCUGUUAAUCUGUUUCUCUGUGGAUGUCUGUAGAAUCUCUCGUUUGUUCUCGGAUGCCAAGAAAAUCCUGCUGUAC